AUGGUCGGACCUAUCAAUGGUACUACCAAUGGCACCACCAAUGGUGCCAAUGGCAUCAGUAACCACGCCAAGCCUAUACCCAUCCUUACAAUUUCCGAAUGGAAGGCCGCUCAGUUGGCUGGGGAUGGCCUCAACCGCCUCUACUCUCUGGUUGAAACCGAAAAAACCGCCAACCCCAAAACCAAAGCAUGGAUAUCUCUCGCAACACCUCAACAACUCCAAGAACAAUGGGCCAAUCUUCAGCAACUCGACAAUGCCACAUCCCUACCUCUGUAUGGUGUUCCCUUUGCCGCCAAAGAUAACAUCGACGCCAAGGGCUUCACCACCACCGCCGCAUGUCCAUCUUUCAGCUCAGACCCAGCUACUUCAGAUUCAACUGUUGUGGCUAGACUCAAGGCCGCCGGUGCCAUCAUCGUCGGCAAGACAAACUUGGACCAGUUCGCGACUGGCCUCGUCGGUACCAGGUCUCCCUAUGGUGCCGUGCCAAACUCUUUCGACCCUGGCAGAGUCAGUGGUGGCUCCAGCUCUGGGAGCGCCGUCGUUGUCGCCCGCGGUGUUGUUCCAUUCUCUCUCGGUACAGACACUGCUGGCUCUGGUCGUGUCCCAGCUGGUCUUAACAAUAUCAUCGGCUUGAAACCAACUCGUGGCGCUCUCAGUGUGCGUGGUGUAAUUCCCGCUUGCAAGACACUUGACUGCGUUUCCAUCUUUGCUCUCAAUGUUUCCGACGCUGGGACUGUCCUUUCUGCUGCUGAAGGCUAUGACUUGGAAGACUCCUAUUCUCGCCCUCGGCCAGAUGCCAAUCAUGCAACUAUCGUCGACGGGUUCGGUUCUGCGAGCAAUACCACGAGGCCUUCGCUAGCUGUAUGCGCAGAGCCAGAUUGGUUCGGCCGUGAUGACCACCAUCCUGCAUAUGAGAAAGCCUUAGCAAGAGCAAAGGCUCUAGGCUGGGACGUGGUUCCCGUGGACUUUACCAUUCUCUUCAAACUCGCCAAGCUUCUUUACUACGGUCCCUGGGUCGCAGAGCGAUACGAAGCAAUCCGAGAGUUCAUCGAGGCAUCGCCAGUCGAAGCCAUGGAUCCCGUCGUACGAAAGAUCAUCAUCAGAGCUCAAACACUCUCAGCGGCAGACGUCUUUGCAGGUGAAUACCUUCGUCAAGAUCUGACCCGUCAGAUCGAGUUAGCCUUUUCCCAAUUUGACGGUCUUCUUGUGCCCACAUCUCCUACGUUUCCCACGAUGGAGCAGAUCCAGAAGAAUCCUGUCGAGGAGAACUCGCUGCUCGGCACGUACACAAACUUUGUUAACUUCCUAGACUGGUCGGCGCUUUCUAUCCCCGCGGGCUUCAGACCAGAUGGGUUGCCUUUUGGCAUCACUCUUAUUUCCAAUCGUUGGCAAGAGCCGCUUCUUCUCUCGUGGGCUCGUGACUGGUUCGGACAAGAGUCCAGGCCUUUGGGGUCAACGGGUGUGGAGGUCUCUGAGCCGGCUGUGAAUCACUGUCUGGUCUCCAGUUAUAUCCCAGUUGCCGUCGUUGGUGCGCAUCUCACGGGCUUUCCUCUCAACAAAGACCUUACAUCUCGGGGCGCCAAGCUCUUGAAGACCACAGCGACAUCGCCUUGUUACCGGUUCUUUGCUUUGAACUCUAAGUCUGGCCCAAAGAAACCAGGCCUGAAACGAGUCGCGGCAGGCGAGGAAGGAUCACAGAUUGAACUCGAGGUCUGGGAUCUGCCCAAGUCCUCUCUCGCCAGCUUCAUGGAUACCAUCCCUCACCCUCUCGGAAUCGGCUCCGUCGAGCUAGAAGAUGGAUCUUGGGUUCGCGGGUUCGUGUGCGAGCCGGUCGGUUUGGAGGAUGCUGUCGACAUUACGAGCCAUGGCGGCUGGAGAGCUUACAACAACCACCUCCAAGAGAACGCCAAGCCAACGACAAACGGUAUUCACAAGAGAGGUAUUUCGAAGGUUCUUGUAGCCAAUCGGGGCGAGAUCGCGGUUCGAAUCAUUGAGACUCUUCACAAGAUGGGACUUGAAGCUGUCGCCAUCUACUCCGAUACGGAUGCAGAGGCCACACACGUUAGCAAAGCCGACGUUGCUCUGAGACUCGAAGGAACUUCUGUCUCUGAGACGUACCUCAACAUUCCUCAAAUUUUGGAGCUGGCCAAGUCAGCUUCAGUCGAUGCCGUCAUCCCUGGCUACGGAUUCCUGGCCGAGAACGCCGAGUUCGCGACCGCCGUCGAGGAAGCAGGCAUGAUCUGGGUCGGCCCAACUCCCCAGCAAAUGUCGGAUCUCGGCCUGAAGCAUCGCGCUCGUGCUAUCGCUGCUGAGGCUGGGGUUCCAAAUGUUCCCGGCUGCGACAGCCUUCUCACGUCGUUGGAGGAAGCCUUGGAAGAGGGCCAAAAGAUUGGUUUCCCGUUGAUGCUGAAGAGCACGGCAGGCGGCGGAGGAAUCGGAUUAAGCCACUGCAAAGACAUCGAAAGUCUUGCCACGACAUUUGAAAGCGUUCGACGACAGGCAACAGCCAAUUUCGGCAACGGUGGUGUGUUCCUAGAGCGAUUCGUUCAGCGAGCCCGUCACGUCGAAGUUCAGAUCCUGGGAGACGGCACAGGAAAAGUCAUUGCAGCUGGCGAGCGAGACUGCUCUCUGCAGCGCCGUCACCAAAAGGUCGUCGAGGAGAGUCCUGCGGUCAUGGUUCCAGUCGACGUUCGGGAAAAGAUGAAGGCGGCCGCUGUCAGCCUCGCUUCGUCGGUCAAGUAUCGAAACGUCGGUACUGUCGAGUUCAUCUACGACAUCGAUACGGAGGAGUUCUUCUUCUUGGAAGUGAAUACUCGUUUGCAGGUCGAACAUCCUAUUACCGAGUCAGUUACGGGUCUCGAUCUGGUCGAGUGCAUGCUCAACAUUGCAGAUGGGAAGGCUGCCCAGCUAUUCGAAACCACGCCUGGAGUUUCCGGUGCUUCCAUCGAAGUUCGACUUUACGCCGAGAGCCCCCUUCAAAACUUCCGUCCAUGUGCCGGUCGCAUCACCAAGCUCGAGUUCCCCUCCAGUCUCCGAGUCGACACUUGGGUCAAAGUCGGCACCGAAGUCACGACUUCCUAUGAUCCUCUCAUAGCCAAGCUCAUAUCAUCUGGAGCUGAUCGCAAGGAGGCUCUGAAGAACCUAGCCGAUGGUCUCGAAGCUACAUGCAUCGAAGGCGUUCAAACCAACCUAGAGUACCUACGUCAAAUCGUUGCGUCGUCCAUGUUCGAGUCUUGCGAUUACACGACAAAGUCUCUAGACUCCUUUCAAUUCGUGGCCUCCUCUUUGGAGGUACUCGAGCCGGGUGCUUUAACCACAGUCCAAGAUUAUCCCGGCCGUACUGGCUAUUGGAGCAUCGGUGUUCCUCCCGGUGGUCCUAUGGACUCGUAUUCUUUUCGUCUGGCAAAUCGGCUCGUCGGAAACUCGUCAGACGCUGCCGGACUCGAGUGUACUCUCCAGGGUCCCUCCCUCAAAUUCCACUGCGAUGCCGUCGUCGCAGUCACAGGAGGCGUUGUGCCAGUCACUAUCGACGACGAACCGGCCCCGCAGAACCAGGCUCUCGCCAUUAGAGCUGGUCAAGUCUUGACUAUCGGGCUUGUCGAGCAUGGACAACGCAUGUAUAUCGCCGUUCAGGGUGGUAUUCAGGUCCCCGUCGUCAUGGGGAGUCGAGCGACUUUCGAACUCGGCAAACUCGGUGGGUUUUCUGGUCGAAAGCUUCAGCAGCGCGAUAUCUUGGCUCUCGAGCCUCGUCCGACAGAAGGUAACGCCAAUGGGCUUCUUCGACUUGCCUCUCCCGUGCCUAUUCCACGUCAUCCAAAGGCCCACUGGACUAUCAAAGUGGUCCCUGGUCCUCACGGUGCACCCGAGUACUUUACCCCUGAAAGCGUCAAGUCUCUGUAUCUCAGCGAGUGGAAGGCCCAUCACAACAGCAACAGACUCGGCGUCAGACUCACAGGUCCUCAACCUGAAUGGGCCCGCGAGACUGGUGGAGAAGCUGGUCUACAUCCCUCCAACAUCCACGACGCCCCGUACUCUGUCGGUAGCGUCAGCUUCACGGGCGACGAGGCUGUAGUCUUGGCCUGCGAUGGCCCGAGUCUCGGUGGGUUCGUCGUGUUUUGCGUCGUGGCGUCGGCCGAUAUGUGGAAGAUGGGUCAGGUUCGACCUGGUGAUACGAUUCGCUUCGAUCCUAUUACCGUGGAGGUUGCGCUCGAGUUAGAGAAGCAGCUUGAAGAUGCCAUUGAGAACCUCUCACCUCUUCCGUCCAAGGAGCCAGAAACCACAGACGAAGCAUCUCUGACAAGGGAGCUGGCCAGCAUCCCCACUGUGGUUGGCACCAUCGAGCAAGGUGGCCAGAAGAUCGUCGUCCGGCCAGCUGGCGACAGAGCGUUCAUGCUCGAGUUUGGCGAAGCCGUUGCUUUCGACUUGCGACAAAGCUUUGGCAUCUUUGCCUUCUGCCAACAGCACGAAAAGAAGCCUAUCCUUGAUGUUGAAGAAUUAACUCCAGGAGUGUUCAGCCUUCACAUCACUUACGCGAACGAGAUUCUUCAAAGCACCAUGAUGGCUCGUCUGGUAGAGCAUGUGGGCUCGUACUCUGUUCCAUUCCAGGUUCCUUCGAGAACGGUUCAUCUUCCUAUCGCUUUCGAUGAUAGCGUUAGUCGAGCGGCAGUCGAACGCUACGCCGCAACGAUUCGAGGAGAAGCUCCCUGGCUUCCCAGCAACGUCAAGUUCCUGGAGAAGCUGAACGGCAUCGACAACAUCGACAAGACGAUCUGUGCUGCAGAAUUCCUCGUUCUCGGACUCGGCGACGUCUUCAUGGGCUCGCCCUGCGGUAUUCCCCUAGAUCCUCGCCAUCGUCUUUUCGGCACCAAGUACAAUCCUUCUCGGUCGUUCACGCCUCGUGGCGCUGUCGGCAUCGGGGGGCAGUACAUGUGUAUCUACGCGACGGAUUCUCCUGGAGGAUAUCAGCUCGUCGGUCGAACAGUCGACAUCUGGGACUCUGGCCUCGUGGCCGACAUCGAGAAGCAAGGUUCCAAGCCCUGGCUGUUCCGUCAGUUCGAUCGAAUCUCUUUCUACCCCAUCAGCGAGACGGAUCUUGACAGCCAGUUAAAGGAUAAGCUCAUCCGAGUCAGUGAUGGUGUGCUAGAUCUGGCGCAAUACGAAGCGUGGCUGGAGGAGAACAAAGAAGACGUGGCUGCCACAGCCGCACGCCAAGAAGCGGCCAUCGCGAGCGCUCCUUUCAUCGACGAACUAGUCCGACCGUACCAGCCCAGCCCCAACACGAACAGCCACACGAACGGCAUCCUAGGCGAUCUCAGCAUCGACGGCGAGCGCGUCAAGGCCAUGCUGCCAGGUCGAUGCUACAAGGUGGUAAUCAAGAAGGGAGAAGCUGUAGAAAAGGGCGACGUGCUGCUGUGCGUCGAGUCGAGCAAGAUGGAGGUGGAAAUUCGUAGUCCGGUGGGAGGGACGUGUUCGGCCGUGCUUGUCGAGAUGGGGGACUUGGUUGAUGUGAAUGAUGAUCUGGUCAUCAUCGAGACAUGA